UUGAUGGCAGUUCAUUGAUCGAAAACCCCAAAGCCAUCGAUACCGGCGCCGCCUCCCCAUUUCCGGCACCGCCGCCGCUGCCGAGUGAAGCAAUGGUGGACUUGGCGGCGGGAGAUGGAGAGGACCCUAGGUGGAGGCGGAGCAGCACCGAUUGCGUCUCCUUCCUCGCCUCCCGCUUCGCCUGCACCAAGGGGACGAAUUGCGAGUUCCGGCACUGCGAGGGCGCGCGGUUCAGCCCGAGCUGCUGGUACUGGUUCCAAGGCAACUGCGUCAAUCCGAGCUGCACCUUCCGCCACCCCCCAUUGGAAAGCUUGAACCAGACCAAACCCUUGGCAGAUCUACUCCCAUCAUAUUCUUCUGCGUCUGUCAAGGCAGCUAGUCCUUGUUACUUCUACUACAACUCAUACUGUAAGAAGGGUGGCAAUUGCCCCUUUCUACAUGAGCCUCCAACUUUUAACAGUGUUCUUGGAACUUGUUCUAGAGCCACCACUUCUAACAUUGCUGUACAUGGAAUUUCUGCUGUAGAAGAGAAGAUUGAAUCAUCGAAAUAUGCUCUUGCUAAUGCUUAUCAAGGCAGCCCUGAACACAUAAAGAAACACCACUCGAAAGGAGUUUCAGAGCCAAGCAGUCCCGCAUUUAAUGGAGCUACUUCUAAUGCACCUGAAACAUCAGCUGACACAGUUGGAUACAUGAACUCCACGCCAUCUGAUCUCAAUUCAGGAGAUUCAGGAAUGGAACAUGCAGAACAAGACGAAUCACGUGAUUCCUCCCCUGGAUUUGAUGUGCUUGUGGAUGAUGGACUCGUGGACGAGAUUGAUCUUGAGCAUCAAUUGGCACAGGAAAGAGACACUGAGGUGCUUAAUGCGAAACAUUAUACUGGCGACCCAAUUGUUUGUGGUCUGGAUUAUCAUGAUGCAGAGUACCAGGAACAAGGACUUAGUGACUUUGAACAAGGCUGUUAUCUUAACUAUCUUGAAGGAGUCCAAGGGCAUGAUUGUUUUACCACUUUAGGACAUAUACCAUGUAGUAGAUUAGAUCUUGUAAAGUCCACUUCUGAAGGACAUGGCAAAAGAUUCUUCGACCUAAGAAGCUUAAUGGGCUCGCGUGCUGACUUUGAUCAUCAGAACACUCAGAUUGGACACAUAUCAAAGCAAAGACCUGAGAGGAGAAGAAGUGCAAAGGGCAAGAAUGGUCGCACUAAGAGAUGUCGUAUUCAAGAACCCAGGAAUGGUUCUGAAGAGAUUGAGCAAGGAUCAAAUCAGCAUAUGCAAAAUUCGUUGAUGGGAGAUUGUUCUCGUUCUCUUGUCUGUGCAAGCAUCAGAGGACAGAAGAAGAAAAGUAAAAGAAAGCAACAACAUGCUCAUUCUGCUAGAUCAUCAAACUAUACUAAUGCAAAUGCAAAGCACCUUGAUGGUCCUGAAGAUUUUAUGGGUCCAAAGUCCCUUGCUCAGAUAAAAGAAGAGAAGCGUAGAUCAAGGUCAAGUGUUAGUCAUCCCACUGUUCACGUGGCUCAUGGGAGAUCAUCCUCAAAUGAUUUUGCGGGGCCCAAAUCUCUGAGUGAGCUUCUAAAGGCCAAGGGUAGGCCUCCUGCUGGUUAGGGAAUCAUUCUGUAGCAAGUGUAUAUGGUGACCUUGGUCAGAAUGAUGCCAGUGAAAGCUAGUUUUUGCUAUCAUAACAAUCAAAUUGGAAGUAAUUGUGUGAAACAGCAUGGAAAAUGUUGAUUUCCGGCAGUCUCUGGACAAAGUACCUGUUAAGAAGAUGGUGAGUGUGAGUGUGACUGUGAGGAGGAUGAAGGGACUGCUGGUUAGGACUUUCUUUUGCUUACUGCCGUGAUUGGUAAAUGACAUCAACCCACUUGUUUACUUAGUGUUGCUCUUAACUGUGAAAUGGUGCUUUUUGGAUAUGAACUUCUGUUGUGCUGUUGGAUACAAUCCAUUGGAUGUGGAAUAGUCAUCAACAAUCCAAUGGAUAUGGGAUAGUCAUCAACGUUCUUUACGUAGUUCUGCUCAGUUAUAUGACAUCAGCUUAUUUAUAAGAAAGAGCGAACGUUUCUACCUUUGUCCCUUCUGCUAUGAAUUAUGAUAGUUUAUGAACUUAUCGGCUUCGUAAGUUGAUUAAUUGAUUUUGCAUGGAUGAAAUUAUUAACUAGCAUGUGCAUUGUUUAUAUGAUGGGAGCCAACGUAUUGAGGCUAAAUAACAUUCUCAGCUCACUGCAAGUUAUACUCAGUCUUUUGUCAUAGUUUCUUCACCAUCUAUUUGUGGGUAAUUUUUUUCGUUAUAAACGAAAUUAUGCACAUGGAUGUUUGCUGCUUUACUGCCUUUAAUGUUAAUAUACUACAGAUUAAACUAUGUUCAGUAGCUAAAUACAAUAUAAUCCGACCAAAGACCUCCCUACUUGUCACCAUCAUCUGAGUCAUACUGAAAUUUGUUAUAGUUACACUCCUUUAUAUUCAUGUACAUUAUUGGUUUCACAGCACACCAUUUCCUCCCCACUUCAGUCCUUACUACUACAACCCACAGACUUCCUACAGAG